GUAGCAUUUCCGGUGAGUGUCGUCGUCUAACUUGACUGUACCUUAUGCGUUGAGUGAAUCCCAAGACUCGAGAAGUCUUGUGACAACUUUGCUGCAGCAGGGCACUACCCUCAAAAUGGAUGCAUUGAGCUACAGGGAUUGUGAGGCUUGGAGAGCGGAAGGUCUUCCAUUGUCCACCAGCAGUAAUGAGGCUUGCAAACUUUAUGAUGCUAUUCUCACCCAGUAUGUGAAGUGGCGCAACAUUGACAGUGUUGGUGGAAUUGAAGGAUGCAUAACAGCCAUCAAGGCAGCUGAUCCGGAUUUUGUGAUGGGUCAUGUGCUGAGCACGGGCUUGGAGCUGGUGGGAACUGCAACUUCCCUCCGCCUGGACCAACGUCUGGCGAGCGCCGUGAAGAGAACUGUGGAGAUGGCCGCCAGUCAAAACCUCACCACAAGAGAGAGGCUCCAUGUUAAGGCCAUGGAAUUAUUCUCGCAUGGGAAUUUCCCCAAAGCCAGUGAUGUUUGGGAAGAUAUCCUGGUUGAUCAUCCCACAGACUUGCUUGCGCUCAAGUUUGCCCAUGACAGUUAUUUUUACAUGGGAGCCCAAACCCAGAUGAGGGAUUCAGUUGCGCGAGUGCUGCCCUAUUGGAAGCCUCACAUGCCCUUGUCCAGCUAUAUGAAAGGAAUGUAUUCUUUUGGUCUUCUUGAGACGAGAUUUUAUGACCAGGCUGAGAAAGUAGCAAUGGAGGGUCUUACACUGGUUCCCGAUGACGCUUGGGCUGUCCAUUCAGUAGCCCAUGUCUAUGAAAUGACAGCGAAAGUGGACAAAGGCUUGAAGUUCAUGGAAGGGAAGGAGAAAGACUGGCAGGUAUCUGAUAUGCUGGCCAGUCACAACUAUUGGCACUGGGCACUGUACUACAUUGAAAAGGGGCAAUAUGAGGCUGCGCUGCAAAUAUUCGAUUCUCAGCUAUUCAAACGUUGUAAAACCUCGGGAUCCAUGUUGGACAUAGUGGAUGCCAGCUCACUGCUGACCAGAUUAGAGAUGGAGGGUGUGUCUGUAAAGGAGCGCUACCGGGAGCUGCUCCAGGUAACGCUGCCUCACACCGAUGACCACGUGACCCUUUUUAAUGACCUCCAUUUCCUCAUGACAUCCCUGGGAGCGAGUGAGAUGGGAGCUUCUCGGCGUCUGCUGGAAGGCCUCCAGGAAUUGGCUAAGAAUCCAGGCGACAAUUAUCAACAUAAAGUGGCUGGACCCAUUGGGGUGCCAAUGUGUCAGGCCUUGAUGGAAUAUAAUGAUAGACACUACGAUAAAGCCGUAGAAUUACUUUACCCUUUACGCUACAACAUGGUGCAGAUCGGGGGCAGUGAUGCACAGAGAGACGUCUUCCAGCAACUGCUUAUUCAUGCGGCCUUGAAAUCAGAGAGCAAGCACCACCAGAGACUCGGAAGAUGUCUCGUAGUGGAGCGUGAAGCAGCAAGGCCAAACUCUCCGCUGACCAAUCGUCUGAUGCAGAGAGCGAUGGCUCUUCAGUAGGCAGAUUUCAACGUGAAAGCGGCACCACGUGCAGGCCUCUCGCGUUGCCUCGUUUGAUCACGGCGCACCCUCGGACACACUGUUUAAGGUGCAGACUUUUUUUCCCCGUCCUAAAUCAUUUUUCACAUGGAACUCUGUGUGUUGACAUUUUGCCUUGUGGCUGAAAAAUGUUCAAUUUUCUGCUGCAUUCAUCUCAAAACCAAAAAGACAUUGAUGCAUAUGUGUACCAGCUUGCUGAAUGGAAUGCAGUUGUUCAUCAUUAAUGCAUGACACCAUGUAAAUUAAUUAUUAUUAAUCAUUAA